AUGGUGCUCCUUUCGACGCUUAAAGUGAGAUCAACAAACGAGGAUGAUGUUGUGAAGAUUAGCUUGAAGCGAUCAAAACUGGAUCCUGAUGCCAACCCACUUGAGGCCCUUCAAGCUUUGCCUAAUCUAAUAGAGCUCAAUUUGGUUGACUAUUAUACCGGGGAGAAGUUAGAAGUUCAAGUGGAAACGUUCCAGAAGCUAAAGAUAUUACGCAUCCAACAACUUGAUCAACUAAAUUUGAUGAUAGUCGAGAAUGGGGCAAUGCCUGUGCUUAAGAAGCUAACCAUGUCCAAAUGUGAGAAUUUGAGGUUACUUCCAGUUGGCAUAGAGGGUCUUACGAAACUCGAGGAGCUCUGUGUCCAUGACAUGCAUGCUGAAUUCAUGGCUCAGCUCCGAAGGGAAACUGAAGCAUUUCAAGAAUUUUCAUUCUGA